CGAGGAAGCAACUUAAAUAAAAGCUUGUAAUAUGGUAUAUUAUAAAAAAUCGUUUAAACAACGUGCUAUUGUAGAAUCUAUAACCAAAAUUUUAAAAUAGUAAUUUUUAAUAUCGAGUGAUGAAAGUCGAUUCCUGUCCACCUUUUUUCCCAAUCAUAGUUUGCCUUAGAUAUGCCAACUCCGGAAUUGUUUACAAAGAUGGUGGUCACUCACUUCUGCUUAGAUAUUUAAUAUUUAUUAUAGGCCUAUUUGGAAAGAAGUUUUAUGAGGGAGCACUAACUAUCAGCCUCAGUCUUCACAGAGAUGGCUGCCAUUGUAAGUCCACUGAUGGAUGGAUCCAUCCCUGGGAAAGAAUUAAUGGAAGGUCAGAUGAAAAAAUUAAAUUUUGAAAACUCUGCUCUCUUGAUGGAAAACAAGAUGAUAAAAAAUAAAUACAGCCGUGCUUCUGCUAGAGUGACUGUACUUGAAAAGCAACUUGAGCAAGCCAUGUCAGAGGUCAGUGACCUUCAAAGUGAGAGGGACAGGGUGUCCUCCCAUGUGGAGGAGGUGGUCAGGGCUCAGACAGCCAGGGAGGUGGAGCACUACCAGAUGAAGGCAGCUGCCUCAGCCAAGGAGAUCUUGCUCCUCAAGUCUGAACUGAAGCAACUGGAGGAUGAGCUGUGUAGUGUGAGGACAGAGACUUGGAAGGUGAGCACUGACAGGAGCAGGCUGCACCAGGCUCACACCCAGGAGAGGGAGCUCUUACAGAAACAAGUAGCAGAUGUGAAGCACCUGCUUGAAGAAAGUGAGAGAGCUGUAGAGCUGGAGUCUAGCAGGAGCCGUGAACUAGCAGGGCAGGUCCAGCAGCUGGCACAGACUCUAGAGACUCUACAGAGGGAGCUGGGUGGUGGCAGUGAGGGUAAUGUGGCGGAGAAACAGAUUGCAGCUUUACAAAUGCGGCUGCAGAUCACAGAGGAACGUCUGGCCCAAGAGAGGUCAGACCGUGCUGGCAAUGUCUCACACAUAGAGGAGAGGCUGUUGUCAGAGAAUGCCAAGCUACAGACCAAGGCCCAGGAGGUGGAGCGCCAGCUGAAGAGAGAGAAGGAGAAGACGAGGCUGCUGGAGCAGAAGGUGAAGGAGCUGAGGGAGGAGAACCUCCAGCUGAGGCUGGCCCUGCCUGAGCAGGAGGACAUCAGCUACCACAUUCCUGGUGGGCGACACAGGUGGCCAGAUCAAAGGCUGCCUGAGUUGAAUGAAGUCCUGAAAGAGCUUGACCUAGAAGGACUGUGUGAGGACGACUACAGUAGAGAAUCACUUCUGGUGUACCUGUGGUCAGACAGGAAGGUCCUGCAACAAAAGGUCAAACAGUGGGACCUUUACCUCACACAGUUGGACUUGACUGAUUGUGGGGAUAGUUUAGCCAAUCUACAGGCAGCUGUAGCCAUGAGCAGAGAAUGUGAGACCAGGCUGGAACAUACAGAAGAGAAAUGUGAAGAUGUGAGUGCUGAGAGGAUUGCUUCAGAACAGAUCUACAAACAGCAGCUGACUGAGCUAGUGAAAGAGAAACACAGCACGCUGGCUCGUCUAUCCACUAUGGAGGAUCUAAUGGCAGCUCUGAAGGCAGAAAAUGAUUCUCUGCGCCAUGCGCUGCACAACACAAGUGGCAACCUGCAGGCACCAGACAGAGAACAACUCCAGCUGCUGCAAGCUGACGUGUCAAACAAGGAGGCAAAGCUGGGCCAACUGUCCAGAAAACACACAGCGCUAGAGCUAGAGCUGGCCACAGUACAGAGCCAGCUGGGUCUGCGAGACAAAGAGCUGAGUCAAGCUCUGUCUGAGCUCAGCCUGGCCAACUGUACUGCAGCAGCUCCACCUCUUGUGGACGAUCAGGACCUCAAGGAGCAGAGGAUUAGGUCACUAGUACUUGAGGUUGCUGGCCUGAGGGAGGAGCUAAGCUGUGUGACAGAGCGCAACAAGUCCAUGCAGGGUGACAAGCUCAGGCUGGAAGCUGAGCUAGAGGACCUCAGGCUACAGCUCAGAUCUGCACAGAGGUUGGCCAGAGACCAGGAGCUUAGCUCCAGCAGACUGGAGAAACAGCACAUAGAAGAGCUGGAGCAAGAAGUUGAAGAAAAAAGUGCUGAGCUCAUCAAACUUACCACUCAACUGUCAGCAGCAGAGUUGUCACUGUCAACUGCCAGGUCUGACCUGUCACAGCAACACAAGACAACACAAGAUCUGCUGACACAGAUAGAAACCUGCCAGAAACAGUUACAAGAAAGAUACCACCUGCUGGAGGAGCUGACCACAAGGGAGGCUGACCAGCUUGACCAGUUCAACCUGCUCAAAGACAGACUUGAUGUGCUGAUGUUUGGACUGUCAAACAAAGAGGAGGAGGUCAAGCUUGUCCACCUCCAGCUACACCUGGCACAAGAGAAGAUCACAGCACUAGAAGAGAAACUUGGAGAUAAGGGUCAGGGGUCAGAGGUCAAGUUGGCCUCAAAUCUUAGACUGAGUCAAGUUGAGGCUGAGAAGGAGGAACUCAACACACAAUUGUUGCAAGCCAUGCAUGCAUCAGUCAGCUGUCAGCAACAAGUUCAAAGUGUAACCAUGGAGAUGAACAAAACAAAGAUGGAGGCCACAACUUCCUUGGCUGAAAAAGUACAGAUAGCCAGUGAGAAAUCUCUACUGGAGAGGAGGGUUAAGACUCUUGAAGAAGAAAAAAAUUUGGCCAGGACAGAAAAAAUGGCUUGCCAGGUUGACUUGGGUCACUUGGAGGGAAGUUUACACCAGGUCCUGGCUAGGCUGGAGGGAGAAACCAAUGCUGACAAUGUGUUGCUUGCUGCAGAGGACCCCUCCACUCAGAAGCUGAUGAAUGAACUCCAAAAAUCUAAAGUAUUAAUUCUGGCCAAAGAUAAAGAGACUGAAAUGAUGGUACAAAAAAUAAGACGCCUGGACCAAGAGAAAACAAACCUGGAGACAAGAUGCCAGCUGUUGCAGACAGAACUUGACAACAACAAGCAAGAUGUUACCAUGACAACCAAAGAGCUGACCAUAAAGAUGAAAGAAAAUGCUGCCACUUUGGAAGUAAAUAAGAUGUUAUUACAAGAACAGUCUGAGCUGCAGAAAAAACUGGCCACCACAGAUAGCUUGUUGAGCCAAGAGAAAGACAGAGUAGCCAAGCUUAAGUCAGGCGUGAAAACCUUCAUUCAGCAGAUUGAGGAGUGUGAAGGGACACAACUCUCCAGCACUCUGGCACUACAAGAGAAGGACAGCUGCAUCACAGACCUGCAGUCACAGAUAAAGAAGAUGAACUUUGAACUCUCUAAGAUGGAGGAAAAAGAGCAUGAGUACCAGACUCAAGUGGCUUCUCUGUCACAGGAAGUGAAGUCUUUGAAAGAGAGUACAGCAGUCAUGGCCUCAAGGAUAGAAUCUAAAGAUGCUGAGUUGAGGGAGAUGCAGGCAGUGUCCCAACAGCGUAAAGAAGAUCUGUCGGCUGCUGGCCACAAACUGGACAUGUUGUCACAUGACCACCACCUGCUCACACAGCAGCUCAACACACACAAGGCAGCAGAGGACACUUUAAAGAAAGAGUUAAAAAGUUGGCAAGAAAAUGAAAAAGAGCUGAAAGACUUGCUUGGCAAGGUCACAGCAGAUCUGGAGCUGAACAAGGGGCAGCUACUCUUAGCAAGAGAGACAAUGCAGCAGAUGAAGUUAGAAAAGGAAACGCUUCAGAAAGAUUACCAUGAGGCCUGCAGAAGGUUGGGGGAGAAAGAACAGACACAUGCUGAGGUCAUUAGGUGCAAGCAAGAGGAGAUCAGCCAAGUGAAGGGAGAGAAUCUCAGGCUGAGUGAGCACAUCAGCAGUCAGAGGGCUCAUGCUGACCAAAAGUCCUUGACCUUGAGUAAAGAGUUGGAGAUGUUGAAGCAGCAGCUACAAGACAAGGAUGAGGAAAUUCUCAACUACAAACAGAGCAUCCAGAGGCUAGAGCAAGUUCAAAGUCAAAGUAAAUCCCAAGAGCUGACUAUACACGAGCAGUCCCAGUGGAUGGAGGAGAAGAGGCUGGUCAUGGACUCACUGUACAAGCAAAUAUCUGAGCUCAAGCAGGAAAACUCCCAGCUACAGGAGAAAAUAGCCAAGAAAGUUGUGGUCAUUCUUGACCUGCAGGAUAAGCUGCGCAGUAGUGAGGAGGUCAGCGACAGGCAGACAACAGAUCUCAGGCACACCAUUGAAGGCAUGCGCUACAACUACCAGUAUGAGAAGAAGACCAUGGAAGAUUCUUCUACACAUAUGGAGGAAAAUUUGAAGAAAAUGGCAGAAGAGCUGAACAAACAGAGAGAAGUCAAUGAAAGUCUAAUAGAACAGCUGCAGAGUAAAGAGGAGAAAUUAAAUGAAUCAAAUCUACAAAUAAAGCAGUUUGUUUCCUCACAGAAAAUAGCUGAUGACAAACUGGGGCAGUUAAAGGAAACAAUUGAAGACCUGAGGGCCAAAAAGUUGUCAUGGGAAGAGAAGGCCAGUGGUCACCAGCUUGCUAGAAAGAAAAUGGAGAUGGAACUUGCCACAGUCAAAGAUCAGUUGAAGGGCCUUUCCCUCAAACUUCAAGCUUCAGAAGUCGCUUUAAAAAUGAGUGAAGAGAGGAACGAAACCAUCAAGAGAGAGUUGUCCCACCACCAACAACUGUUGAACAGCUACAAGCACCAAUCCAGCAGCAAGUUUCACCAGCUUAGCCUCGACUUCAAACAGCAAGUUGAGUCAGAGAACAAAGAACAGAUCAAGUACCAACAGGAGGCCCACAAGUUGUCUGUAGCCCUGGAGCAGACCAGGGAGUUGCUGGCUGAUAAAAACAAGGAGAACCUCAAGCUGCAGGAAACUGCCUUGGAGCUGGAAGAGAAACUUGCUGAUGCUGAGAGAAAGGUCAAGCUCCUGCAGGAAUCAACACAAGCUGAGAGCCAGACACAGCUGAGGUUCCAAGAUCAGGAGAGUGAAUUAAAGAAACUCAGAAAUUUCCUGGCCCAAAAAUCUAAUGAAAAUCUUGAUGGGAAGAGCAUGUGGCUAGAGAUGAACCGAGUUAUCUCCCAGCUCUCUAAACAGCUCCAGUUCCACAUAGAAACUUCCCGGCCAAUGGAGCACAGUGAUAGCAGCCAUCUUGUGCACAAGUUGAGGAAACAACUGCUGGAGACUGAGUCAGAGCUCAACACAGAGCGGGCCCUGCACCAGGUGACCAGGAGCUCCAUGGAGGCGCUGGAGGACGACUGCUCACGCUUGCGACAAACCAUUUUCACCAUCAGGAAACGUAGUGCUAAGACAGAUAAGAAACAGAAGUCACGUAUGGAAGAGAUCAAUGAAAUCAUUGCCAGAUCUGAGACCAGAGCCCAGAGCCUCAUGUCCAGUGGGGAGUUCCAGCCAGACCUGAUGGCCUCUAGAGACUACAACCUAGGGCACGCCAGCUUCUCCUCCGACACACCAGACACCUCAUUCAGCAGCUCACACCUGGCCAAUCUUUCCUUUUUAAAUCUCUCCUCCAGUCUCUACCCACCUGCAAGCUGACCACAGGCAGACUAGACAACUAGUCAUAGGCCUGACUAAAUACAUGAUAAAAGUAGGGCUGACUAAAUACAUGAUAAAAGUAGGGCUGACUAAAUACAUGAUAAAAGUAGGGCUGACUAAAUACAUGAUAAAAGUAGGGCUGACUAAAUACAUGAUAAAAGUAGGGCUGACUAAAUACAUGAUAAAAGUAGGCCUGACUAAAUACAUGACAAGUAGGCCUGACUAAAUACAUGACAAGUAGGCCUGACUAAUUCCAUGAUAAAAGUAGGGCUGACUAAAUACAUAACAAAAGUAGGCCUGACUAAAUACAUGGCAAAAGUAGGGCUUAUUAAAUACAUGACAAAAGUAGGCCUGACUAAAUACAUGACAAAAGUAGGCCUGACUAAAUACAUGACAAAAGUAGGCCUGACCAAAUACUGCUCUUUUAACAGCUUUAGAGGUGACAGAUUGUCACCAAUCUGCUUGAUGUUGAAAGUCGUCACCAAUCUUCUUGUAUGUUUAGCUUUGUUGAUAGUAUGUCAUAACUGCCGAAAUGCUGACUUUUUGUGUGUGUGAUUUUGCAUUUAUAAUUAUUUUAUACUUAAUCAACAUUCCCUAUAGUCAUAAACCUUAUGAUUCCAAUUAGUGACAUUUGUUAUAAAAUCCGUCCAUCUUGUGUGAUAAUCAAAGCUCUGUGAUUGUGUGUGCUAUAGAGAUCUUCAGAACAUAAUAAAACCUUGGACUAGCUCCUGGCCAGAUAAAUUCAAUGCAUUUUUAACCAAAUGUUUGUCACUGAAUAUACUGGAUAUAGAUUUGUAAUGAUACUUUCUCCAUUUCACUGCUGCAUUUAACUACCGUUUCAGAUGACUAAAGAGCCCUGUCAAAUCGACCCCGUCAAAAUGGCCAGAGACAAAUGGACCCCGUUAUAUCGGCUCCCGUCAUUUAGGCUCCCAACAAAAGGGCUCUAGUCAAUAAGGCUCCCGAAAAAUAGGCUCCCAUCAUUUAGGCUUCUGAUAUAUAUGCUCCAGUCAAAUUGGCUCUGGACUAAACAGCUCUCGUCAUUACAACUCCCAAAAAAUAGGCUCCCAUCAUUUUGGCUUCCCACAAAACAGCUGUGUCAUUACAACUCAUGACAAAACGGCUCCUGACCAAAGGGCCCUUGUUAAUACAGUCAGUAAAAUAAAUCUCCAGGCAAAACGCCCUUGUUGAAUAUGACACCUGCUAGUGGGACCUUUUCAUCAAUACAGCUUAGCCAACACUCUAUGUGAUACGUUUGCAUUUCUUGUUCAGCAGGCCUUAUUUUUAUAUUAUUUUAUCCUACCUGCAUUAUGCUUGUAGGUUAUCAAAACAAAAUGUCGUUAUCCUGUAAACAUCAUGUAUAUCAUAUAUUUAAACUUCUGUGCUCAUUUUUAAGCAACAGAUCUUUACUGUUGUAAAUUAAACAUGAUCAAAAAUUUUAAAUUGGUGGAAUUUAGCUGUUAAGGGCCAAUUAGUCAAUUGUUGUUGGUUCCUUAAAAAAAAUGUCAUUCAGGUACUUAAAAGAGGUUAUAGUAGGUAGUCCAAACUGGCGAAAAAGUGCGUUUAAGGGUCAGUUUUUGCGGUUUUCAAAAAAAAAAUUUCACUACUUCUAGUUGUCCUAUAAGAAUAAAAAUUAUAUGUCAAUAAAGUUUAAGUCUUUAUCUGUCGUAAUCUGGUAUUUUUAUAUCUGUAACACAUGUCUGAAUGUGUUUUAUAUUUGUUUGAAAAGUAUCAGUUACGUCAACAAAUUUCACCGUUUUGCGUGUACCGAUCGACCCCACACUGUUUUAUUUGGUCGCGGCUUCGCGACGAAGCAUCGUAGAAGCAUAAUCUUAAUGUCAUUUUAAAGAUCGAAUUCUAGGCUAUCGUUUGAUGUAUAAAUUGAAAAAAUAACUUGUUUAUUUCAUUUAAAAAAUACAGAUUUUAAACUUUAAAUGACGAUAUAUACACGGAAACAAACUAAUUCUGUUUCAAUUUUUACACCGAUGUAAAGUUCAGUUUUAUAACUACUUUGUGUUGUAAAUUCAAGUAUUUCUGAUUUACGGUCGCGAAGCCGUACCCCCAAUAAACAUAUAACCCUCGAGUCGACUUUCAGCCCCAAGUAAGUUGCUCGCCGAACGGUUUUAAAGGUUGACGACCGAUGAUGCUAAACGGAUUUUACCCUUGCUAGAGCCUUCAAACAAGUUGUAAGUAUCAUUUUUAAAGUUUCAUUUCCAUUUUAAUAAAUGAAUUUUAAGUUUGAAUGUCAGUUUGGUUUAAUUAGUACACGUUAUUAAUGUAAAUUUGAACGCUUCAAGUCCACGGUUUUAGCGUGUGAACUACGCUUGUACACAGGGUGUGUUUAGACGUGAAGCUAUUUAAUUCAGGACAUUCUAGGGACUUAAAAUAUGGAUGCACUUAACUAUUAGAUGCUAGUGUUUACUAAUUCUUUAAAAUCUAUUGACUGGGAUCAAUGAUAGGGUCGUAUUACUACAGUUUAUCUGGACUAUCACGUCAAAAUUAUGAAUCGACAAAUUCAAAAUGGCCACCAGACUAUCCUGGUUACUAUGUGGACGAACUCAAUUAUUUACAGGGAACGAAGGUUAAAUACUUAUAAAAUAUUAAUGAAACACAAAAGAAAUGUAUAAUUAUAAUAACUAUACAUUUUUAUCGAUUUCUUUAAAACAAAAGACACUUUAUUUUAAGGACUAAUGUGAUUAAUUUUUUUUAUUUUCUGUUGUGUGCUCUGAUUCUGAUUCCCCUGCUAAAUAAUGUGAAAUGGUCUGCGCCAGUCUCCGUAAUAAAAUGUACCAGAUCAAUUUUUAGAUGGUGGUGCAAUUUAUUAAGAUUCUACAUGUUGUGACUUAGUUUUAAAUGUUAUAUUAGUUGUAAGUGUAAGUAGUACUAGUAGUAUUUCUCAUUAUUUAUUUAUUUUAUAUGCAUAUAAUAGUAACAAUGAAGGACAGUUAAGUUGUCCUAUAGGAUGUUGAGAACCACAGUAUGGCAUCUUCAUUAUUGGAUAUCUCAACCAGUGUGGCACAAGCAACGAAUAUUUCAAAUUUCAUUCAGUAGAAUUACUCUUAAAAAUAUAUAUAAAGUAUAAAUUACUUUUAACAAAAAGGUGUUUUCAGGCUUUUUCAUAUGUUUCCAGUUAUAGUCAUAGGACAAAUAGUAGGCCUACACAAUAGGCUGGUAGUAAAUUUAAUUCUAUUUUAUUAAUCACUAAAUCAAUUGUUUAUUCCAUAGCUGGAGACAUUUACAGUGGCCUAUCCAGAACUUUCCUUACAAGGGAAGGGAAGAAGGCCAAGACCCCACUCCCCCCUACAAUUCCCAAAACAUAUUACUUACUCUUGAUGCUCCACAAGAUCAAGGUUGAGGGAAACAAGACGUACAAAGAUGUGGAGUUGUAGUUUUAAAAACUGUUCCCCCAAAGCAGUUAUCAACCGUAUAGGUUUGAAAAGAAACCAAAGCAUGUGGCAUCAACUGCUGCAUCACUUGUAGG